AUGCAUCGUCAUCCAUGGAAAUCCGUGUGUUGCUGCAUGUCAAACUCUACUAAAACAUCCAAAUUGCAUCGAAAGUUCCAAAAGUAUCUUUUCAACGGUGGCAGCGUGGCGAAUUAUUUAAAGAAAGUUAAGACCUUUCUAGACGCGAACCCCAAUGAAGUGUUGACCCUUCUUUUUACUAACCCAGAGGGGUUGUCUGUAAAGGACCUAUGGAAACCGGCAUUUGACAACUCGAGUAUUACCCCUUUAAUCUACAUCCCCCCAACCAUUCCCCUCAAACAAUCAGAUUGGCCAACCCUGGGAGUGAUGAUCGACAGUGGAAAGCGAGUGUUAUCUUCAUAUUGUUAG